AUGCUCAUAGGUGGAACGGACACAACAUCAAUUUUAGUGGAAUGGGCCUUGGCUGAAUUAAUGAAGAAUCCAAGUAUAAUGAGAAAAGUCCAAUUUGAAGUUAGAGAGGCAUUAAAAUGGAAAAAAAAUGUUGAUCAUAAUGAUAUACAAAAUUUGAAAUACUUGAAAUUGAUUGUUAAAGAAACUCUAAGACUUCAUCCUCCAGGUCCCUUAGCUAUACCAAGAGAAUCAAUAGAAGAAAUCGCUAUAAAUGGUUAUGUUAUACCUAAUAAAAGAAUAAUCUUAAUGAAUUUGUAUGCAAUGGGAAGGGAUCCUGAAUAUUGGCGUGAUACAGAGAAAUUCAUACCUAAUCGAUUCAACAAUUAUGUCGAUAACGAUGUUGAUGAUGUGAAAAUGAUCAAAGGAUCAUCAAAUGUUCCUAUGGAGUUUUUGGGAUUUGGAUUUGGAAAAAGGGUUUGUCCAGGAAUGUUAUUUGCUACGGCAAGUAGUGAACUUACAUUGGCUAGAUUACUUUAUCAUUUCGAUUGGAAACUUCCUAAUGGUAUGAAUCCAGAAGAUUUAGAUAUGAUUGAAGGUUUUGGUGCUGCUGCAACAAGGAAAAACUAACUUGUAUUUGGUUGCUACACCAUAUGAC